CCCGCUCGCAGCGCUCCAUGGCGGGGCCGGCGGCAGUGCGGCGGCAGGGCCGAUGCUGCGGGGCGCUGCUAGUGCUGCCGGCCGUGCUGGUGAGCUGGGCCGCCUGCCAGGCGCCGCCGGUGCCCGCCGCACAGCCGCCCCCGGACGGCGCCGAGCUCCGGGUCGAGCGGCGCUUCGUGCCCGAGAGCUGCCCGCGGGCCGUGCGGCCCGGAGAUUUCGUGCGCUAUCACUACCUCGGCUCCUUUCCCGACGGCACCCGCUUCGACUCCAGCUAUGACAGAGGAUCCACAUUCAAUGUGUUUGUGGGAAAAGGUCAACUUAUUGCUGGGAUGGACCAAGCUCUGGUCGGCAUGUGCGUGAACGAGCGGCGCUUUGUGCAGAUCCCCCCCAAGCUCGCCUAUGGAAGUGAAGGUGUCUCUGGUGUGAUACCCCCCAAUGCUGUGCUCCAUUUCGAUGUGCUCCUGAUAGAUCUUUGGAACUUGGAGGAUGAAGUGCAGGUUCAGACUUACUUCAAACCUGAGAAGUGUCCUCGAACAGUCCAGGUGUCUGACUUUGUACGAUACCAUUACAAUGGAACAUUCCUAGAUGGGACCCUGUUUGAUUCAAGCCAUAAUCGGAUGCGGACUUACGAUACUUAUGUGGGAAUUGGGUGGCUGAUUCCUGGUAUGGACCAGGGUCUCUUGGGAAUGUGUGUAGGAGAGAAGCGCAUUAUCACAAUACCACCUUUCCUGGCAUAUGGAGAAGAAGGAGAUGGUAAGGAGAUACCUGGCCAAGCUUCCCUUGUCUUUGAUGUGGUUUUGCUAGACCUCCAUAACCCCAAAGAUGGCAUUGCUAUUGAGAACCAGCAGGUGCCUGAGUCUUGCGAGCGGAGGAGCCAGGCAGGAGACUUCCUCCGGUACCAUUACAAUGGCACACUCUUGGAUGGCACACUGUUUGAUUCCAGCUACUCGCGGAAUCGCACGUAUGACACCUAUGUUGGGCAAGGUUAUGUCAUUGCUGGAAUGGAUGAAGGUUUGCUUGGUGUGUGCACUGGUGAAAAAAGGAGAAUAAUCAUCCCCCCUCACCUUGGAUAUGGAGAAGAAGGAAGAGGGAAGAUUCCAGGAUCUGCAGUGCUGGUCUUUGACAUCCAUGUGGUUGACUUCCACAACCCCUCAGAUUCAGUCAGCAUUACUGUGAACUAUAAACCUUCCAACUGCACCGUCCUGAGUAAGAAAGGGGAUUACUUGAAGUAUCACUACAAUGCUUCACUCCUGGAUGGUACUUUGCUAGACUCAACACACAGCCUCGGCAAGACCUACAACAUAGUUCUGGGAUCUGGGCAGGUGGUGGUGGGGAUGGACAUGGGCCUGCAAGACAUGUGUGUUGGGGAGCGCCGAACUGUUGUUAUUCCACCUCAUCUUGGGUAUGGAGAAGAUGGAGUUGAAGGAGAAGUGCCUGGUAGUGCUGUACUGGUUUUUGACAUCGAACUGCUGGAGCUGGUGUCUGGCUUGCCCGAAGGGUACAUGUUUGUGUGGAAUGGGGAAGUCUCUCCUAAUCUGUUUGAAGAAAUAGACCAGAAUCACGAUGGAGAGGUUCUUUUGGAGGAGUUUUCAGAGUACAUACAAGCUCAGGUUGAUUCGGGUAAAGGAAAACUAGCUCCGGGGUUUGAUUUUGAAAAGAUUGUGAAAAACAUGUUCACCAAUCAAGACCGGGAUGGAAAUGGUAAAGUUACUGCUGAAGAAUUCAAGUUGAAGGACCAGGAGGCCAAAGAAGGACAUGAUGAACUGUAAAGAACCAAAAAGCAAAGAAGUCCUGAACUGAGCUACUGUUUGAACGUGCGUACUGAAAGAGGUUUGGGCGGGCAUGUUUCUGAAAGGUCAGCACUCAGCCAGCCAGCCUGCGGCUGUCCACUGUGCUGGCAGGCUGCUACAUGGGAAGAGGGUUUGCAGUUGGAAUCAUUAGGUCUAUUUGAAGAAAGUGUUCAGUGCCUCAAGUUAGGAUGUGCCAACAGAUAGAGUAUACAGCUGGACCUGAGCCACAGGGCCUGGCUUUAUGCUAAAGAUUAGAUGUUCUCAUGGAACAACACACAGGGGGGAUGGGUGAAUCAUUUGGGAUGGAUGGGCUGAUGGAUGGAUGAAUGGGUGGGUGGGUGGGUGGGUGGUAGGGAAAAAACUUACUGAGUGCUUUUAAAAGAAUUUUAAGAUACCUUCUGUACGUGAAAUAUUUGUGCAGGAAAAUGAACCAGCAAACAUUUCCCACGAAAAUAACCUGUAAAAUGGGCAGCAGUUGAGCCCAGCUCUUUUCAGAAUGCAUGAGCUCUCUUUCCAGUAGCUGAACAGACUCCCAGGACUAUUUGCCAUCUGACAUGCGAAUUGCAGAGCAUGCAGCUGCUAGCUAUGCCAUUGCAGAAUUCCGUAAGCUGUGAAUUAAAUUAAACAGGCCUAGAAUUGUACCCAUGUGUGUGCUGGGUUUUCACCUGAUGGAGUAAAAGUCUGCUACCAGCUGCCUUGUAGUUCAUUAAUAACCUUGACUCUGGCUGGCCUGUUCAAACAGUUCCCCACAGCGAUGCCCACACCUCCCUGGCUGCCACCUUAUUUAUAGUUUUGUUAGACUUCACAUAUUAGUAUUCCAGGGUCCAAAUACUGUCAUAAAUACGGGACACAACUGAUGUUGUGUUGGGCAUCUGUCCCCUGUAUUGGGAAUGGUUAGAGUGAGGAGGAAGGACUUGGAGCAGAGCAGUCUGGCAUGGCAAACACCCAAAAUGACAGUGACACAACCAAGGAACAGAACUCUGAGUCUGCAAAGGUUCUGGCCUAUCCCUCCAUACCGGAUCAGCCCUAGGGGUGCAGCUGGAAUGGGGUGUACUCGAGACACGGACCCAUUAGGUCUGUAGACAUGGCAGGCUGUUGAGUAGGAAAUACACAGACCCCCUUAGUAUGAUUCCCCCUCAGUACACUGCAUGUAAAGAGCACAAACACACAUCCGAUGAGACACUGUUGAGGACAAGGAGAAGGGGAGUUGUGUUCCAUUAUCUGCUUUGUGUCUAGUUUCUUGCUUUUCUUGAUCUGUAUGUGUGGGUUGGGAGCUCCCUGAGACCUGCUUUUUAAAACCUGGUAUUUCAAUUGGAUGAAAACAUUUUGUAUUGGGUUUUUUAAUACAGUUGUUAUAGAAGGAGGAGUGAAAUAUUUUGUUUUGAUACCAUUAAAUGUCGGGUUACUGAUCUUUUUGUUAAAUAAAAUGUUGAUGAAUUA